AUGUUAUGUACUGUCUUCUUUCUUUCUUUCUUUCUUUCUUUCUUUUCUCUAUUCUUAUGUUAUGAGCUCUCUUCUUUCUUUCUUUCUUUCUUUUUCUCUAUUCUUAUGUUUUUUUCUAUUUUCUUUUUUUUCUUUCUUUCUUUCUUUUCUUUCUUUCUUUUUCUUUCUUUCUUUCUUUCUUUUCUUUAUUCUUAUGUUAUUUCUUUCUUUCUUUUUCUUUCUUUCUUUCUUUUUUUUUCUUUCUUUUUCUUUCUUUUCUUUUCUUUUCUUUCUUUCUUUUUCUUUUCUUUUAUUCUUUAUUCUUUGUUAUUUUUUCUUUCUUUCUUUUCUUUCUUUUUCUCUUUCUUAUGUUAUGAACUUUUUCUUUCUUUCUUUCUUUUUUCUUUCUUUUUUCUAUUCUUUCUUUAUGAACUGUUUCUUUUCUUUCUUUCUUUCUUUUCUUCUUUUCUUUUCCAUGAACUGUUUCUUUCGUUUUUUUCUUUCUUUAUUUUUUCAUUCUUUCUUUUUUCUUUCUUUCUUUUUCUUUCUUUCUUUCUUUCUUUUUUUUUUCUUUCUUUCUUAUUUUAUGUUAUGAAUUGUCUUCUUUCUUUCUUUCUUUUUUUUUUUUCUUUUCUUAUGUUAUGCAACUUUCUUUCUUUCUUUUUUCUUUUUUUUCUUAUUUUUCUUUUUUUUUCGUUUUGUUUCUUUUCUUUCUUUUCUUUCUUUUCUUUCUUUUCUUUUCUUAUGUUUUUUUUGUCUUCUUUCUUUCUUUCUUUCUUUUCUCUUUCUUUCUUUUCUUUCUUUCUUUUCUUUUUUUUUUCUUUCUUUUUUCUUUCUUUCUUUUUUUUCUCUAUUCUUAUGUUAUGUACUGUCUUCUUUCUUUCUUUCUUUCUUUCUUUUCUCUAUUCUUAUACUGUCUUCUUUUUUUCUUUCUUUCUUUCUUUUCUUUUCUUUCUUAUCUUUCUUUCUGAACUUUCUUUUUCUUUCUUUUUCUUUUUUUCUAUUCUUUGUUAUUUACUGUCUUUUUCUUUUUUUUCUUUCUUUUUUUCUAUUCUUUGUUAUGUACUGUCUUCUUUUCUUUUUUUUUUUUUUCCUAUUCUUUUUAUGUCUUCUUUUCUUUCUUUCUUUCUUUUUCUCUUUCUUAUGUUAUUCUGUUUCUUUUUUUUUUCUUUUUUUUUUUUCUCUAUUCUUUUUUUGAACUUUCUUUCUUUCUUUUUCUUUCUUUCUUUUUUCUUUCUUAUUUUUAACUGUCUUCUUUCUUUCUUUUUUUUCUCUUUCUUUCUUUCUGUCUUCUUUCUUUCUCCUUUCUUUCUUUUUCUUUGUUUCUUUUUUUUUUCUUUUUUUCUUUUCCCUCUUUCUUAUUUUCUUUUUUCUUUUUCUUUCUUUCUUUCUGUUCUUAUGUUUCCUUCCAGUUUUUUUCUUUCUUUGUUUUCUCUUUCUUUCCUUUCUUUCUUUCUUUUCUUUCUUUUCUUUUCUUUCUUAUGA